GACAGUCAUGGUGUCUGGUGUAGCAGCCAUUUGUGCGGCAAUUGUAGUAUACAUUGCUGUUACAAAACUCUAUGCAUAUUUAUUCAAAUCGAAAUCAAAGAAUCCCUUUCUUGAAGAAAGAACAUGCACCUCACAUACAUUGAUCACGGAUAAACAAAAACGGAAAGCAGUUUUAAAAAAAGCUUUUAAACAUGAUCUUGUACCAAACAACUUGGAUGCCAUAGUUAUUGGCAGUGGUAUGGGAGGGCUGACCUGCGCUGGUUUUCUGGCAAGAUCAGGGAAGAAAGUUUUGGUUCUUGAGUCACAUGGUCGGAUAGGUGGAUGUACUCAUACAUACAAAAGCAAAGGAUGUGAAUUUGAUAUUGGUAUACAUUAUGUUGGUAACAUGGCAGAGGGAGACAUGGGCAGAUGCAUGGUUGAUUUAUUAACUGAUGGAAAACUUAAAUGGGUGAAGUUAGAUGAGCAAUAUGAUACAGUGGUGUUUGCUGAACCAGGAAAAGGAAUAAAAACAGUUCACUACAAACCAAACAAAAAAGAAAUGGAAAAACUCCUGAUAAAGCAAUACCCUGAUGAUGAAAAUGCCAUUCGCGAAUUUUAUAAAAUUAUGACAGUUUGUCAAAAAUCAGCGAGUUUUUUAAUUGUUCUUAAAAUUCUCCCCAAAUUUUUGGUGGACUUCUUCUUUCAAUUGAAACUUCACCGUGUGUUUAUGAAAAGUUUUAACUAUGUUAUUGAAACUUCAUUGAAAACUUUCUUGGAUCGCUUGACCGACAACAAUGAAUUGAAAACUGUCUUGUCGUAUUGCUUUGGAGAUUAUGGUGUUCCUCCUGGUGAUGCACCUCUUAUGAUGCACGGGAUGCUCAUGAAUCACUUUUCUCGUGAUGGAGGUUUCUAUCCAUAUGGUGGUGCUAGUGAGAUCGCAUUUCAAAUGGUUCCUGGAAUAGAAAGAUCUGGAGGUGCUGUCCUUGCAAGAGCUCAUGUGAAUCGGAUCAUAUUUGAAAACGAUGCAGCUUGUGGUGUUGCGGUUUCACAUUUAAACGAAGAGGUUGAAAUUCGUGCUCCAAUUAUUAUAUCUGAUGCUGGUAUCUACAACACAUACCAAAAAUUGUUGCCCCGCGAGAUUGGUUUAAAAUAUGGUUUCUUGGACAAGUUAAAGAGUUUUAAUGUAGACACUGGUUGUUUGCAAGUUAUGAUUAGUUUGGAUGGUACAAAGGAAGAUUUAAAUUUACCGGCAAAAAAUUAUUGGGUAUUUAACUCUGUGGAGCCAGAAAGGGAUAUGAAGACGUUCUUGAGUUUAUCAAGAGAAGAUGCAGCAAAUAAACCGUUUCCCCUCAUAUUUGUAUCAUUCCCAUCUGCAAAGGACCCCUCAUGGAAUAGCAGAUAUCCAAAUAAAUCUUCAUGCGUUGUGGUUACAUUUGCUAACCUCAAGUGGUUUGCUGAUUGGGAAAAAGAUAGUGUGAAAAAACGAGGGAAUGUUUAUGAAAAUCUUAAGAAAGUAUUUGUUGACCAAGUGUGGAAUCAAGUCCUGCAUAAUUUUCCCCAUCUGGAGGGCAAGGUUCUUCAUAUGGAGGGAGGAACCCCAUUAAGCCACCAACAUUAUAUUAAAUGCAUGCAUGGUGAAAUAUAUGGAGCACGACACGAUUUCAAUAAAUUUACCACAAGAAAUAUUGUUGACAUGAGAGGUGAAACAGCCAUCACAGGAUUAUACAUGACAGGUCAAGACGUUUUUACAUGUGGGUUUAUGGGAAGUGCAUUUGGUGGUUUGAUUUCUGCAUCAAAAGUUCUUGAUCGUUACCUUAUUCUUGACCUUAUAAAUAAUGUUAAAAAACACCGAAAUAAGAAAUAGGGGAAUUCUGUUUAAAACCCAGUGUACAUAGUGAUUUAUUUUGUAAUUUCUUAUUGUAGCGUUUUGAUUAGAUUAAUUUCAUAUAUUUAAUUUUGUUAUAGCACGUGUUACUGAUGAUUAUGCAUUACCAUAUCUGUCUUUCUUUUAUUCAAACUUAUAAGAUGCAAACUAGUACAUUUAAUUUUUAUUAUAAUGAAUGGUCAUCUUAGUUUACAGUUCUUUUAAUUUAUUUUUACUGUUAUAAUUUGCAGGGUGUAUGUGUUUAACUUAUAACUGAUACAAUUACAAGUUUCAAAUUAUUAUAAAUGAUUUUGUUUUAAUUAAAACAAAAAAAUAGG